AUGCAUGCGAAUCAGGAGGACGUCAAACUCUACUGGCAUCCUCCUUGCGUCAAACUCUGUUUGGCCCAGGGUGGUGUGGUGAUCAAGUGCUACGUGAAUCUUGACCAAACCGUACGAUGGCAUGAACCUCUGUGGUUAUUGCAGGACAUGCAUUGUACGCUGAUUCUCUCAAGCGCAGUGUUGCUAGCCGUUUGCACUGGAGCGCAGCCGCCAAAUGUAGGAGGAGUGAUUGUGCCGGAAGGCAAAUCUGAGUUCUUGAAGCCGGAGGCAAAUAAGGAUAAAUGUCUCGAUGCUAUUGAUGAGCUCACUGACAUCCUCACCCGCACAAGGGAAGCGUUGACCGAUGCACAGGGCAAGGAAGGAACAGCAACGCAGCUUCGGAUUGAUAUCGACAAGACGGCCGGCAAGGUAUCCGGAAUAAUCAGCCGAGUGAAUCAGUUCCGUAAUCGGAGGGAAAUGCAGCUGGUCAAUGCCGCUUCUGAUGAUGCUGCUGCACCAGAAAGCCAAGAUCGUUGCCUAAGUGCACUCGGUGACCUAAGCGACCAGAUCCAAAAAGCAACCGAGGAGGUGUACAUUGUCGCCCAGGAGACAAACGAUGCAAAAAUCAUGAAUUCGCACGAACGCCUCAAGUGUGCCAUUGGUAAUUUUAGCCACUGGAAGCACUUGCGAAAAAACUGCCCAGGAGAAAUAGUAUAUAAGUGA